GCCGGCGCGGUCGCCAUGGCGAUCGGCCCCGCAGCCAACCGCGCGCCGCUUCCGGUGACGUCAGCGCCGACACGUGGAUCCAAGAUGGCGGCGUCGGCGGCGAUGGAAAGGCUGAGAUAUGUGCUGGGCCUGCUGUUGUUGCUACACAGCACAGACUCAUUCUACGUACCUGGGGUGGCUCCCAUCAACUUCCACCGCAAUGAUCCUGUAGAAAUAAAGGCUGUGAAGCUGACGAGCUCUCGGACCCAGCUGCCAUAUGAGUACUACUCACUGCCUUUCUGCCAGCCCAGCAAGAUCACGUACAAGGCUGAGAACCUCGGUGAGGUUCUUCGAGGGGACCGAAUUGUAAAUACACCUUUCCAGGUUUCCAUGAAUGUGGAGAAGAAAUGUGAAGUUCUGUGCAACUUUCCCAACAAGCCAGUCACUCUGACAGUGGAGCAGAGCAAGCUCAUCGCUGAGCGCAUCAGGGAGGAUUACUACGUCCACCUCAUUGCUGAUAACCUCCCUGUGGCAACACGACUGGAGUUUUAUUCCAAUCGUGAGGAAGAGGAGAAGAAGAAGGAGAAGGAUGUGCAGUUUGAGCAUGGAUAUAGGCUUGGCUUUAUGGACGGUAACAAGUUCUACCUGCACAACCACCUCUCCUUCAUCCUUUACUACCACAGAGAGGAUGUGGAAGAGAGCCAGGAGCACACCUACAGGGUGGUGCGCUUUGAGGUGAUUCCCCAAAGCAUUAAACUAGAAGACUUGAAGGCUGAUGAGAAGAGCAUGUGCACCCUGCCUGAAGCCACAGGCUCUGCCCCUCAGGAAAUAGAUCCUACUAAGGAGAACCAGUUACUCUUCACCUACUCUGUGCACUGGGAGGAAAGUGACAUUAAGUGGGCUUCCCGCUGGGACACCUACCUGACCAUGAGUGAUGUGCAGAUCCACUGGUUUUCUAUCAUUAACUCGGUUGUGGUUGUCUUUUUCCUUUCAGGGAUUCUCAGCAUGAUCAUCAUCCGGACUCUGCGGAAGGACAUUGCCAACUACAACAAAGAAGAUGACAUUGAAGAUACCAUGGAGGAAUCUGGUUGGAAACUUGUGCAUGGAGAUGUCUUCAGGCCUCCACAGUACCCUAUGAUCCUCAGCUCUCUCCUGGGUUCUGGAAUUCAGCUCUUCUGUAUGAUCCUGAUUGUCAUCUUUGUUGCUAUGCUGGGGAUGCUGUCGCCUUCGAGCCGGGGCGCGCUGAUGACAACUGCCUGCUUCCUCUUCAUGUUCAUGGGGGUUUUUGGUGGAUUCUUUGCUGGCCGCUUAUACCGGACUCUGAAAGGCCAUCGAUGGAAGAAGGGAGCUUUUUGUACAGCAACGUUGUACCCAGGCGUCGUCUUCGGCAUCUGCUUUGUCCUCAACUGCUUCAUCUGGGGGAAACACUCCUCUGGUGCGGUGCCUUUCCCUACCAUGGUGGCCUUGCUCUGCAUGUGGUUUGGGAUCUCCUUGCCCUUGGUCUACUUGGGUUACUACUUUGGAUUUCGCAAGCAGCCCUAUGACAAUCCUGUACGGACAAAUCAGAUUCCCAGGCAGAUCCCGGAGCAGAGGUGGUAUAUGAACAAAUUUGUGGGGAUCCUCAUGGCUGGUAUUCUGCCUUUUGGAGCCAUGUUCAUCGAACUGUUCUUCAUUUUUAGUGCAAUCUGGGAGAACCAGUUCUAUUACCUUUUUGGCUUCCUCUUCCUGGUGUUUAUAAUUCUGGUGGUAUCCUGCUCCCAGAUCAGCAUUGUCAUGGUGUAUUUCCAGCUCUGUGCUGAGGAUUACCGCUGGUGGUGGAGGACCUUCCUGGUGUCCGGAGGAUCUGCCUUCUACGUACUGAUCUAUGCUGUCUUCUACUUUGUGAACAAGCUGGACAUUGUUGAGUUCAUUCCCUCCUUACUGUACUUUGGCUACACUGCCCUCAUGGUCCUGUCCUUCUGGCUCCUGACGGGCACCAUUGGUUUCUACGCAGCCUACAUGUUUGUGCGGAAGAUCUACGCUGCUGUGAAAAUCGACUGAAGCUGGAAUCCCCCCAGCAGGAAUCAGACACCUCUGAACAUGUGUCCUCCCAGGAGGGACAGGGACAUCUUCUCCCAGCUCUUUUUAAGGAAACAAAAAUCCAGUGGGAGAGUCACAAGAGAAAUAAUUAACUCCUCGAUUUGGAAUGUAACUUUGGCACAGUGUACAUGGAUUCUGGGCUACUUCUGUGGGGAAAAGGGGUCUGUAGAUACCUUACAUUUUAACUUUAUUAUCCUGUUCCAUAAUUGAGGGAGUUUUUUAGCAGAGAAAUAUCCCUCUGUAUAAGUAAACCCCCUUUUUGCUAAUCCAUCCUUUUUUUUAUGUUGAUGAUGAACGGAUUUGAGACAGCAGUGGAAACACUUGUGAAAACGUUUUCUUCCAGCCCCUGGGGUGCUCUAGGAUUCAGGGAGACUCUUCAGACAAGUAUCAGACUGGGUUUUUCUCCUGCCUUCGUGUCUGCACAGAAGAGGGAGCUUGACUAUGGCAGAAUAACCAGAGCCUAAAGGCUCACCCAGCGGGAGUCCGGCGCACUCCGAUCACCGAAGUCCCGGCUUCGGCUUGUUUACAAUUUGCUGGAGGUGCCAUUCAGAGCCUGGGAAGUGCAAUUUCACCUGAGAGAGCUUGAGCAACCUUUGGCAUCGCUCCUCCCUCCCUCCAGCCUCGGACAGCACAGGCCACUGUGGGAGGGUGGGAUUGCCUCUCCAGAAGGCAGGAAAAAACGCCCUGGUGGAAGUGAUGUGGUUGUGCUGGAAUACAGGACUGGAAGGAUGCGCGAGGUAACUACAAGAGUUUGCUCUGUCAAUAGCUCUGCUCUGGAUGAGUGAGGAAUCAGGGCAGGCUGCUUCCUGGGAAUGCCACUGGGAUCCUGCAGAGAUGGCUGUGGUGCCGUGGCGUUAGUGCCAAGUGAUGUGAGGCAGUGUUGGGCCCGAGCUGCCCGAGGGCUGUGCAGACCAUCUGAAGGGGCUGGCACAGUCAGGUGGCCCCGUGAGCUGUCCCAUGGCUGGGAGCGGGGCUCUCUUGCUGGCCCUGUGCUCUGGCUGCCCUUGCUGCUCUCUGCUCCUCCUCUGAAAUUCUCUACCUCCAGGGAACAGGAAAAGUGUACACCCCAUAGCUGUAUUUUGUUCUUCUCCACAAAAAACAGUCCAAGCUCUUCUGGAUAGCUGACAUGGGCUCUUUAUUUCCCCAUGGCUUGAUGCCUAAAUCAGCCUGUGGGAAACUCUUUUCAAAAGAGGUUAAAGUUGGGUUGUGGGUUGUUUGUUUUUGUUUUUUUUUUUUUUAUUUUGGUCACUUCAGUGAUGUUUAUCAGUGAAAAGGUUCCAUGUUGCAGUGAAGGCUCCCUUCAUCCCCAGAUUCACUAGAUUCAGCCAGGACUACAGAGGAGAGGUUUUUUUAGUGAGUUCUGUGAAUUUUUUUCUUCUUGGAGUAAGGUCUUCCAAUGAUCAGCUGCCACAGGUCACAUCAUUCCAACCCAAAACUGUCCAAAGCCCUCCUUGCUCCCAGAGAGGGCUUUGGGGCCUUUUUAAACCCCAACUGCCAUAAGCUUCCACCAGGUCCAUGCAAGGGCCUGUGUCCCUUCCUAUUGGCCCUGCCCAUCAUGCCAGAAUCUAAUCAGCCAGGAAUCAUGGAUGGAAAAAGGGAGGAGGGGAUGUGUGAGCCAGCUGUGCUGUGGAGUCCUGUGUCAGUUCUGAUUUGAGGUCCCUCUGAGAUUUUCGUUGAUUUUUUUUUUUUUUUUUUCUUCUGCCCCUGCCCCAGUGGAGAGGCUCAGCCAGCAUUGAUUCCUCUCCCUUCCCUGAAGUGUUUUCUCUGUAUUCUUUGUAAUUUUUAAUUAAUGUAUGUAUUCUUUGUGUCCUAUUGUAAAUAAAUCUGCCAUUGUCCUGUCAUCCUGCUCUCUUGGGUUCUCCUAAGCCACUUCUGGAGAAUUUCUUUUUGUAGCACUUGGCCUGUUCAGCACCCAUGUGGUCUGUGAUGUGUGGCUUCAGCCAGAAGCAGAGCUUGGAAUACUCUGGUUUUCUUUGUUAUAUUUUCCUCCUGGCAAACUAAGUUUCUCCCACUGUGGCAUACCCCGAAUGCUGACAUAUAUUGUAAUUAUGCCACCAGUUGAGGCAUUUGAUCUGCUGAUGCUGUGCUGCUGGGUAAGAUCACUUGAGCAACUCGUGUCUUGUGUGAGACAUGUUUGAUGUUUAGCAGUGAUGGGCAGAGCAGCAGAACUGUUGGAUGGCAGUGCUGGGCAGUGCUUUAGAGCAGCAGAGGGGGAGAGGACAGCUUGGAAGGGAGCUGCCAUUCCUUCCUUUGAGUGAGAGUUUGAGGAGUGCUGCUGCUGCAGAAGCUGAGCCCCCAGCUUUGGCUUCCAGCUCCAUUUGCUUCCCAGAGCUUGUGUGUUUCUGCUGGGGGGUGUGUGUGGCAGGAGAUCAAUGAGCCUUUGCUGGAAUGCUGGGUGAGAGAGGCAAAGUAAAUUCCCUUUUCCUGAGAUGGUUUGCCCAGCAGAGCAAUGGAUGUGAUUCCCCCAGGUUACAGAGCCCAGUGUUGGGGGCUGCUGAGUGCCUGUGAGUGAGACCAGAGCUGGCAAAUACUUGAAUCAAAACUCAGAAAUCAACAGAAUAAUCCCUUCUCCCUUUCAAAAGGCAAAGGAAGCUUCAGCUCCAACACCAGGACAAUCUAUACUGAACUUCUCAUUUUUGGCUGAACUUAUUUCUCAUUUUUGGCAGAUGAGUGAAUUCAUGUUCUGUCACAGUCCUCAGCACCAGGGGAAAGCUGCUGAGGAAAGGGCACAUUUUAAUGGUGGCUGAAUUAGAAAUGAAAACUAGAACUGAAAACUAGAUCAUUCUCAGACAAGCACCUAUUACUGAUCAUGGCUGUCAGCUUUUAAUCCCUGUUCUGAAGGAGAAUCCCAAGAGGGCCCUGUGUGCUUUGCCCUGUUUCAUCUUCAAAUGCUGCUGGUGCCUGCAACCAGUUGUAGCUUAAGCUGAGGUUUGGUCCUGGUUUUCCUGCCUGUGGGAAGCAGAGCAUGUCAGAGUUAUUUGUGAGGGGGAGUGGGCUGGACUUGCCUGAAGUGCUGCUACAUGGGCUGGAAAUUUUAGUGAAACCAAGCGACCAGAACUUUCUGUCUAAUAAACAUCAUUCUCCUUGA